GUUGAAUCAUGAUUUUCUCCUCCUACGUGUCUAUGUAUACACAUAAACAAAGCGUCUCUCUAGAUUUUAGGGUUUCCUGCUUUACUCUUCCUUCUUCCCCCGGAGGUUCCUGGAGCCUUCUCUCUCUACCAGUCUCUCUCUAGAAAUUUUCAACAAUACACACAAUAUUUAUAUGUAUAUCUCCGCCCAUUCCCAAACCCUAAUUGAAUCUCCCCUAAUUUAUCUCCAUUCUUCAAUUACACACCAAUUGCCAAGAUGCAGGUCACUAAUUCGGAUCAAUUAGCCGUAGAAACCUCGAAUAACAGCGAAAAAAGCGAUGAAAAUGAAGUCUUGGACGGUCAAGACACUGAUUCGAGCCCCAAUUGUGACUCCAAUUGUGAUUCUGUGCUCGAUGUUUCGGGGAAGACGUUGGAUUUGGAGUACCCUGAGAUACGUAAUGGCGGGGGAGAUGCGAUAGAGAGUUAUUACGUGUAUAAGAAUGUGUUUAAUUUGAUUCCGAAGACUGUGGGGAGUCUUGGCAAGUUGAAGACUUUGAAGUUUUUCGCGAAUGAGAUUAAUUUGUUUCCACCGGAGUUUAGUUAUUUGGCUCAGUUGGAGAGCGUGCAAGUCAAGAUUUCGUCGCCGGGGUUGAAUGGAUUGCCUCUGCAGAAGCUUAAGGCUUUGAAAGAGCUGGAGUUGAGUAAAGUGCCUCCUAGGUCGAAUGCUUUUCUGAUUCUGAGGGAAAUUGCAGGGCUUAAUUUGUUGACUAGGCUCUCCGUCUGUCACUAUUCCAUCAGAUAUCUGCCCCCAGAAAUUGGUUGUCUUAAUAAGCUGGAAUAUUUGGAUCUUUCAUUUAACAAAAUGAGGACUCUGCCAAUUGAGAUAACUUACUUGAAUAACUUAAUAUCUCUCAAAAUAACUAAUAAUAAAUUGGUUGAGUUACCUUCGGAGUUGUGUUCUCUGAAUAGAUUAAAUGACUUGGAUCUCUCAAAUAAUCGAUUGACGUCCUUGCACUGUCUCGACCUUGGCUUGAUGCAUAACCUUCAGAGUUUAAAUCUUCAGUACAAUAAGAUUCGUGACCCAUGUCAAAUUCCCUCAUGGAUUUGCUGCAACAUGGAAGGAAAUGACAGAGAUAUGAUUGCUGAUGAACCUGUCAGCUCCUCUGUAGAAAUGGAUGUACUAGAAAGUACAGUUCCAGAAAUUUAUGGCAGUCCCAGGAAAGGCUCCUCUACUGCCUUGGCAAGCCAUUUUAGUGGGUCAUCAUCAAGCAACCGGAAUUCUGCUGCGCGAAAGUCAGGCAAGGGUUGGAAAAGACGGUAUUAUCUACAACAGAGAGCACGGCAAGAGCGUCUCAACAGCAGCAGAAAGUGCAAAGUUGAAGAUUCUGCCGAGUAUUUGACACUAAAAGCUACUGAUAAUCACAAACUUACUGAUCUUGCUUCUGACUCUCUCGAAGAUGCUCCAUCAGACAUUGUAUAUCCUGAGAUUAGCGAGAAAGAAUUAAAUUCUGGAGAAGCUGAAACUGAAAAAACAGUUAUUAGGUUGGAGGAUGAUGUUAUUAGUUCACAUAAUGACUGUUUUGAGGAAAGCUGUUCAUUUGACAUGUCGUCUGCUGAGAAACGGAAGGGUAAAGACGAAUUCGUAAAGAAUAGCUCAUCUCUGAAUCCUCUUUUAGAUACUGUUGUGCAGGAUGAAGAAACUGUUCUGGAAAUAUCUAGUUCUAAUUUGAAGUCGAAAAGGCAUCCCGAGAAGGAUCUUGACAGUCCUAAGCCUAGAAAAUCUCGGAGGCCAUUUGACAGACACUUGAAUUUGUGCCUCAAAUACAGCACAGAAUCAUUUUGCAGCACCGAGGACCAUCUACCAGAUGGAUUUUAUGAUGCAGGACGAGAUCGUCCUUUUAUGCCGCUAAGAAGUUAUGAGGAGAAUUUGCAUAUUGGCGCACGUGAAGUUAUUCUUCUGGAUAGGGAAACUGACGAGGAGUUAGAUGCUAUCACUCUUUGUGCUCAAGCAUUGGUGUGUCAGUUUAAAGAGAUGAAUGGUUCUGCAGAGGAAGGGCAGCAGGUUGCUAUUGAAAACUUGCAAAUUGCUUCAUUGCUUGCCCUUUUUGUAUCUGAUCACUUUGGAGGCAGUGACAAAAGUUCAAUUAUUGAAAGAACACGGAAAGCUGUUUCCGGUUCAAACUAUGUGAAGCCUUUCGUUUGCACUUGCCCAACUGGAAAUGGUGAGAGUAUCAGGAAAUCAAUGAAACAGGGCUUGGACUACCCUGAAGAUAUAGUAAUGCAAGAUCUUUGUGAGAGGUCACUACAAUCUGUUAAAACUAAACAGAACUCCAUCAUUGUUCCUAUUGGGAGACUGCGAUUUGGUGUCUGUAGGCAUAGAUCAUUGCUACUAAAGUACCUAUGUGACAGGGUAGAACCUCGAGUACCCUGUGAACUAGUUAGGGGCUAUUUGGAUUUCUCUCCCCAUGCCUGGAAUGUGAUUAUUACCAAGAGGGGUGACUCAUAUACUCGAAUGAUUGUGGAUGCAUGUCGUCCACAUGAUAUUAGGGCCGAGACAGACCCAGAAUAUUUUUACAGAUAUAUACCCCUAAGUCGAGUUGAUGGUUCUCUCAUGGAAGGGAACAGUCUUGGUCACAGAAUUUCAUUUCCCUCUCUGUCAUCAUCUGAAGAAGUUGUUAAAGUGGGUUCAACUGAAAUUGUUCGCUCCAAAUUAGGAUCAGUCGAGGCUGCUGCUAAGGUUCGUACACUAGAAACCCGUGGGGCCUCUGCUGAUGAAAUUAAAAACUUUGAGCUCACUUGUCUAGGGGAAGUAAGAAUUCUAAGUGCUCUGGAAAGUUCUUGCAUUGUAAAACUCUAUGGUCAUCAGAUAUCUUCAAAGUGGAUCCAGUCAUCAGAUAAAAGUUCAGAGCAUCGUAUAUUACAGUCUAAUAUAUUGUUGGAGUAUAUGGAAGGGGGAUCCUUAAAUGAUUAUUUGCUGAAGCUAUGUAGAGAUGGUAAGACAAAUGUUCAGGUGGAGCUAGCGUUGCAUAUUGCUAGGGAUGUUGCACAAGCCCUGUUGGAGCUGCACUCUAAAGAUAUCAUCCAUCGUGAUAUAAAAAGUGAAAAUAUUUUAAUGGAUUUUAAUAGGAGAAAAUCUGAUGGAUCUCCUAUCGUCAAGCUAUGUGAUUUUGAUAGAGCAAUACCUCUCCGCUCGUUCUUGCAUUCCUGCUGUAUUUCUCAUAAUGGAAUACCUCCUGCUGAUAUCUGUGUUGGGACGCCUCGUUGGAUGGCCCCUGAGGUUUUUCGUACAAUGCAUGAAUGUAGACUGUAUGGGCUGGAAGUGGACAUCUGGUCAUUUGGAUGUGUACUCUUGGAGUUGUUGACUUUGCAAGUCCCUUAUUCAGGGCUUCCAGAAUCAGAUAUUCACGAAUUUCUCAAGAUGGGAAAGAGACCGCCAUUGACAGAUGAACUAGAAGCUUUGUGUUCACAGGAAGAUCCUACUAUGGCUCACUCUGGCACUGAGCUGGAUAGUUCAGAUCCUGACUUUGAAAGUCUGAAAUUCCUAGUUGGCUUGUAUCGACAAUGUACGGAAGAGGAUCCGACUGACCGUCCCACUGCCGAGAACCUCUACAAUAUGAUAUGUGCAAGAACAAGCUCCCUAACUAGUUCGAGAAGUUCACAGGAGUAGUUUUAUCCUCAAAUAGCACUUCUUUCACGGUUAUCUAGUUUUGUAGUCCUAGAAAGAAUGUUUUUUGAGUCAUAUUUAGCAUCGUGUAGAUUAACCUUGUAGUCAUGUGCAUGUGUCGUGUUUUCGUUCGAGUCAAUGUAACCCUCUUGUAACCUCAGACUUUUUUUUUUCUUAAAAUAAACUAAGCCACCCCUCUAACCUCAAGGUCAUACCUCAUCUGGACAAUUUGUUAGAGAGAUACCCAUUAGUCAGCGGGUUAUCCAAGUUCCAUUUCUCAGUGUAUUAGUUUUAUAUACCUAGUCAGAUCAUGUAUCCGCUAUGUAUCCCUUAUGCACUGAAUUCGGCUUAAAUCAGUCAUCAGAGAGAGAUUCUUAUUUCUGCAGUGGCGCUAAAUCGAACGGGAGCUAAAAUGUUGUAUUGUAAUUUGUUUCUGUAACCUUGAAAGGUGUAACUUUUAAAGUCUUUGUAUAAAUGAUUUCCAGUAGCUUUAAUGUAUUGGAGGCUGUUUUGGCAGACCUAAAUUUAUGACU